CUCACCUUUAUCGGUAUAAAAGCCUUUGAAGCCAGUGUGCCUCUUGGUGUUUGAGUAGUCGGAGUGGAACGUAAGAGAGAGGCAGCCACCCGGGGAAGAGAGGAGCAAAGGAUUUACAGUGGACUGAAGCUCCUCAAAGUCCUUUUUGCCACACAGCACUGAGAUGAGGUUUCCAUUUGAAAAAACCUGGGGGGAAAUAUGUUAUAGUAGAGGGUGCAAUAACAGUACUGACAUCAGCAUAAAAACAUUGACUACGUAAAGCACAACCAUUUGAAGUUUAUCUUGACCCCUGACCUUCACUGCAUCGUUUUCACAGUCUUGGCUGUCCUCCAGGUCCAGGUGGAUGAGCUUGAUGGAGAGGGUGUGACCUUUGGGGGCACACCUGCUCCAGUUUAGACUGGCAUGGGGCAAGUAUCCAGUGGGAUACCCUGGAGACUCCACCCAUCCCAGGAGCAUCGAGUAGGCUGAGCGGGAGAGCAGGAAAAGCAGGAAACUGAAAGAAAAGCAUGGAAGAAAAAGCAAGGACCACAAAGGUAUUACUUAAUGUGAGAAAGUUCAUUUAUAGUAACAAAGAGCCAGAGACGAUGACGCAUAAAUCACAAAAAUAAUAAAUCACAUCGCUAUAACCAAAACCCUCCAUCUUACAAGCCUUCUACCUGCAAAUCAUCACAUUGUGGUAAUGUAAUAAUCCGUCCUGUUGUGCUAAAAUGCAAAAAAUCAAACCCACCUUAAUCCUAACAUCAUGAGCCGAUCAAAUCUCCUCACAAAUAAACUAGCUCAACAUCUCUCCUUCCCCUUUUCUUUAUAAUUUACUUUCCAUCUCUCGCUCUUUCCUUCUGCCCCCCUUUCUCCCUCACUCAUAUUUUGCAUACGCAGGCAUUUUAUAAAUCUAUUUGUAGAUUGUUUUCUGUAUGUUUGCAGUAACGAGGGAGUGACCGUGAGUAAGCGGGAUCGCAGGAGGACAGACUGAUCCAAAAAAAGAAAACUUAAGAUUGACUGCUACUACAAAAUCUCUUUGCAGUUUCAGCUAAACAACAUCCCUGUGCCACUGGGACAAAGGUUCUGUGGAAACAAUGGCAAUGGACUGAAAGGAAAGGGUGUAGUUGGGAGAGGAAAUGUCUCAUUGUGCUGCUUUGUUAUGUGCCAAAAUCACCCUAUGGUCCUGUAGCUAUACGGAAACACACACAGCUUACUUCGCAGUGAGAGGGCUAGGGCAGGAAGGAAAUGAGGAGAGACAGACACAGAGAAAAAGAGACCGAGAGACCGAGAGACCGAGAGACCGAGAGACGGAGGGGAAAACAGCAGAUUAGGGUCACUGGGGUUUUCCACCGUGUAGGAUCAGAAAAAAACAUAAGAAGUAGGUAAGAGUGAGGAGGGGAAACACAUCUGUAGCCACAGACAGUUCAGACAGCAAAAAUAAAGUGGAGAUAGGCAGAAAAGGAGAAAGGGACCUAAGUGAUGCUCUUUGAGCUGAGAUUAAUUAAAUUACUGUCAUUUCAAAGGUUAGGAGCAGAUUUAGAGGAAGAGUACACAGGAAGACAGUCGUUGCAGUCUUAAGCUUAGAUCCUAUACACACCGGUGGAGGACUGUAAUCGGAUGGGCAACAAAUGGCUAAUAUAAGCUGCACAAAGAGUAGUCAAGAUGGGACAUGCUGUGAUCGCUGUGCUGCAGGAGAGUACAUGAAAGUUGAGUGUUUCGGCACAAAGAAGACCGAGUGUGCCAAAUGUGAUAAUGGGUUCUACACAGCCACAAAAAAUAAUUUGCCCAAAUGUCAAGUCUGCAAGGAGUGCAGUUCCGAAAACAAACAGAAGACAGUAAAGGUCUGUACAGUUCAGGAGAACACAGUGUGUGGGUGUGUAGAUGGUUUCUACUGUAGCAGUGAUCAAUGUGACCACUGCAUGCAAGUGACCCACUGCCCUCUGGGUGAAGGGGUCAAGGUUCGAGCCACUCGCACGAAUAAUACAAUAUGUGCUCCGUGUGAAGGCGGGACCUACAGCAACGUGACAGAUUUCCUCUCGCCCUGUCAAACACACACCAGAUGUGAGGACAUUGGAAGACUGUUGAAAACUCCAGGAACCCAAACAACUGAUGCCAUCUGUGGCAACUUUAUAACUCAUUGUCCCUGGAUAUUACCCGCAGGCCUGUGGUCAGGACUCGUGUUGACCGCACUCGUCCUUUUUGGUAUCGUCUGCUGGAGGGCAAAACACAAGUCAUACAAAGCAGCCGGCUCCAGUGUUCCUGUUUCUCUGGUUGAUAUGGUUCCAGCAACCCCGAUCACUUCGCUGGAGCUGCCUCUACCGUUCACAGAGCUGAACGGUCACUGCCAAGAGAACUGCACCGUGGAGUGCUGCAAGUUGCCGCUUUUUAACCCAGACGAUAACGCGGUCAGGUGCAUCACACAAGACAGUGUGGACAGCAUCCUUCCUAUAAUUCCACUGAAGCCUUCGGUUUCAUUCGUUGAAUACAGCCACACGAAUGGAAGUGCUGGAUACUGCAACGGCAACUUCCUCAGGAGCUACUCAGAGCCACAGGAGGACGAGUGGUGUGGGACAUAAUCAAGUAGAUGUUGGUGUAACAGUAUGCUGAUGGAGCUCAGAGUCCCACUCCAGUUUGGGGAUGCUGCAACUAGUUUUCAAAUCUCAAACUGAACCUAUUUAUACAAAAAAAACUAAAGAGAAAGGUUUCACUUUUCCAGAAGAGUUGAAGGUGGCUGAUGAUUUGCUGCCCCCUGCAGGACUUUAAGAAGUUCAGCUCAAGUGAUGUGAUAUUUCUGUAAUGCAUUUACAAUAAAGCAAACAGCUAAAAGGUAUUUUUCCAAAACACUGAUGGAGGUUUGUACUUGAGUCAGUAUUUUUAAUGUGAAUGAGUCUUAGAUACGAGCUUCAAAAGUUACUGCACUGCUGUCUGUGUUUUUAACUACAGCUCAGUGGUGUCUAUUAGAUAAGUAUAUUUAUAAUGCUAUAUUUUUCUUACUUUUCUUUUUCUGACAAAUCUAUGAAAAUGCCAAACCAACAAUGAAUGUAUCCUUCCAACAAGUAUGUAUGUGUGGUCAAAGCAGCUUAUUAUUCUUUAUGGAGCUCCGGUGUCGUCCAAACACACUCAGUGAGUGACACUUUGCACUGUGUAACCUGUUACUUCAUUACCAUGAAUGUGGACACUGUAUUUUAUAGAAACAAGAAAAUAGCCCCUAACAAAUACUGUAUUUACUCCUGUUUGAGUAACUAUGGCUAAAAAAAAAAGAUUCUGUGGCUUAACGUUUAUAGUAAAUCAUGUAUUUUGUAAUUAUAAUUUAAAUGAUAUCUAUUUUUUUUUAAAGUACAUUGUAUUAUAAAUUAUAACCACCAACCUUAAGGUAUGCAACACACACAAAACUUGGUGAAUGAGGUGAUGAAUUAAAGAGGCAGCAGUGACUUCUGACAGAUGUAAAAUUUGUUUAUAACAUUGUAAAGAUCGAUAGUGCAAUACGAGGAAGUGUGUAGGGAAUGUUUACACAAGCCAUUCUCAGUUAGUACCAUUAGACAGAGGUAAUUACGAUGUAUUUUUACAGGUCUUAUUGUGAUAUUUCAAAAUAAUGUUGAUUAUAAUAAAAAAACUAUAAAAAUGA